GUCAUUAUCAGAAUCCCAAAUCUCUUGAAAUUGUCACCGAAAAACUCGAGAUAAUCUUGAUUGUAGAUAAAGAUUUGGAGAGAUAAAUUGAAAAGUAACCUCGACAAUUUCCCAUGGAAAAUCAAAUCAAUUCAUGUAUAUACGAUCAACAGAAGAUAGCAAGAAUCCAAUUCCAAUCUACUGCGGAGUCAACGUGGACGAGGUAUGAAGACAAGCUUUUUGAGAGGGCUUUGGUGGAUGUUCCGGAGAAUAUUACAGAACGGUGGGAUGAGAUAGCAAAAGCCGUUCCAGGUAAGACUGCGGAGCAGGUGAAGAUUCACUUCAUGAAACUAUUGCACGAUUUAGAUGCGAUUGAGUCGGGUCAUUUUGAGUUUCCGAAAUAUAAAGACAAUUAUGAUGAAAAGGAAUCGAUUGUGAGUUUGGAUUCUGAGCUGAGAAGAAGUCAGAUUUCUUUUAGGGCGGUGGGAAGGGGGUCUAGACAUGGAGAAUGUGAGAGGAAGAAAGGGACUCCCUGGACUCAAGAAGAGCACAGGAAUUUUCUGAAGGGGUUGAAGCUGUACGGAAAAGGUGAUUGGCGGAGCAUAUCAAGGAACUGCGUGAUCACAAGGACACCAACACAAGUGGCCAGCCAUGCCCAGAAAUAUUUCCUCCGACAAAGUUCACUGACAAAAGAAAGGAAGAGAGCAAGCAUCCACGACAUAACCACCACAAUGGUGAUGCAGCCACCGCUGCUCACUAGCGGCCAAGGUGGAGCACGACACGGGUAUGAAUAUCAAAAAAACUUUUGGUGCCCAAUUGAAGAUCAACAUCUAGUCAACAAAUUUAGUACAAAACUCCUGCCAUAGUGUGAUUAAUUCAGAAUAGUACAGAUUUUCCCACUAAUUAGUUCUCACACGCAAUUGUAAAUCUCUAUUCUUUAGAGCAUCCACAACACAUUAAAUUAAAUUUCACAUGAUCUAAUGAAUUGCCACGUCAUUUUUCUACA